UCACUUCUUUUGUUUCCUUGUCUGCAUCUACAGCGUGCACAUGGGUUAGCAAAGGAUAAAGCAUUAGAGAGUUACAGAGUGGAUAAAGCCCUCUGGAGAAAGGUGAUGAGUCAGUUAGAUCUGCAUGUGUGUCUGCAUGUGCGUGAGGAGAAAAGAAGGGACUCUUUGGUUUAGUGCACUGUUGACAACGCACUGACUGGCGGCAAGCAGAUGGUCAGGUGUACGAUAUUCUCCUCUUCUGAAGUACUGGAGGAAGAAGACAUUUACAUCUUGUUCUUAUCUGGGAAUUAAUCAUUCAUCAUCUGCUUCUCUGCUGAUUUCCUCUUUGCAAUCUUGUCUUCUGUGCUGUCAUUUCUAGUUGCUCACCUUCCCAUAUUUUCCUUCCGUAGCUUUUGCCGAAUCUUGCACAGUUCUCUGUGCCUCCUCCUCACUUUUUAUUUCAUCACCAUGGAUAUUGGUGGCCUGACAACAGUUGUAGCCAACUCUGCCUACAUCUCAGCCCGAGGGAGCUUUGAUGGCACCGCCAACCCUGCAUCCAACCGAGACAAGAAGUACCAUUCCCGCCUCAAGCUGCCUCACAUCACAGUCUGUGAAGGCCUACGGGAGACCCUAGACCUGGGCUUCCAGACAGUCUGUGUGGAGCAGCCCAUUGGCAAACGCCUCUUCCAGGAGUUCCUAGAGUCCAACAGUGAGUAUAAAGGCCCCUGUCGUCUGUGGAAGGAUAUUGAGGAAUACAACAUGGCUGAAGAUGAAGAUCGAGUCCAGAAAGCAAGCAAGAUCUUGUCCCGGUACAUGGAGCCUGGUGCCAAGUAUUUCUGCCCCUUCUUACCAGAAAAUGGGAUCACAAAGGUCAAAGAGAAACACCAAGAGGCAGGGGAUGAUCUAUUCAAUGAGAUCAUGGACAAUGUGAUGGACUUUCUCAAGGAAGUACCCUACACUUUCUUCUUGGAGAGCAUGUAUUUGAAAAGGUUUCUGCAGUGGAAGUGGUUGGAGAUGCAGCCCAUGGGAGAAGACUGGUUUCUGGAUUUUCGUGUACUGGGGAAAGGGGGUUUUGGAGAAGUGUCUGCCUGUCAGACAAAGGCCACAGGUAAACUGUAUGCCUGCAAAAAGCUCAACAAGAAGAGGCUGAAGAAGAGAAAAGGCUAUGAGGGGGCAAUGGUGGAAAAGAGGAUCCUGGCUCGAGUUCACAGCAGGUUCAUUGUCUCUUUGGCUUAUGCCUUCCAGUCAAAAACAGAGUUGUGUCUGGUCAUGACCAUCAUGAACGGAGGAGACCUGAGGUAUCACAUUUAUAACGUGGAUGAAAACAACCCUGGUUUUGAUGAACCGCGGGCCUGCUACUACGCUGCUCAGAUCAUCCAGGGCAUGGAGCACCUCCACCAGAAGAGGAUCAUCUACAGAGACCUCAAACCUGAGAAUGUGCUGCUGGAUAAUCAAGGUAACGUCCGUAUCUCUGACCUUGGUCUGGCUGUGGAGCUGGCUGAUGAUCAGUUUAAAAUCAAGGGCUACGCUGGGACUCCAGGUUUCAUGGCUCCAGAGCUGCUGAAAGGAGAGGAAUAUGACUUCUCUGUAGAUUAUUUCACUCUGGGGGUCACAUUGUAUGAGUUUAUGGCUGCCAAAGGACCCUUCAGGACCCGAGGAGAGAAAGUAGAGAAUAAAGUGGUGAAGAAGCGGAUCCUGAAUGACCCCGUAAUAUAUCCAGAGAAGUUCAGCGAGAAUGCCCGGUCCAUCUGUGAGGGUCUGCUCGUCAAAGAGGUCGACAAGAGGCUCGGCUUCAAGAACGGGUCGUGUGACGAGCUCAGGGCGCAUCCCUUCUUCAGCGAGAUCAACUGGAGGAAACUGAACGCAGGUAUCCUCCCCCCGCCUUUUGUGCCAGACUCCAAGACCGUUUACGCCAAGAACAUCGAUGACGUCGGGGCCUUCUCAACGGUUAAAGGCGUCCAGCUGGAAGACAAGGACAAGGAGUUUUUUGAUGAGUUUGCCUCGGGGAACAUCUCCAUCCCCUGGCAGGAGGAGAUGAUCGAGAUGGGCAUCUACGGGGAGCUCACAGUGUGGGGAGCUAAUGGCACGUUGCCCAAUGACCUGCGACGUGAAUCCAUCCUGGAGCAGCCGCCCAAGUCCUCCACGUGCGCGGUGUCGUAAGAGGCUACGGUUCACUUCAAUGCUUUUACACAAACUGUUUGCUUGUCAGUCAAUCAGUCUGCUUUUAUGGCACUUUUCAUACGAGAUUAAAGUACAGGUUAGUAUUUUAAGGGGAACGAACACUACUGAUGAUGACGAUUAAGUAUUUAACUGCUUUGUUUGUUUGUUUUUCUCUGUUUUUUUUUUGUUUUGUUUUUGAGUUUUUGUCUGUUUUAUUUCCACCUUUUGCUUCUCCAAUGUGUUGUGAUCGUUUUGCUGCUUCAGAAAUGUAAAUAAGCUUAAAUCCACUGCUGCAGAAUGGUUAUGAACUUAAAUAAAUAUUUUUGCCAUUAAAGUCACCAUGUUUUGUGUGAGACAGGCAAACA